CUUCUUUCGGCUCCAACUCACAUCGCCCACCCACCACCGGCUGUCAAUUGCUACCCCCACCAUCGCCCCCACCACCGUCAAAGGGAGCUGAACACUCCUUCAACCCUUCUCAAUCCGCCAUGGAGUUCCGACGGUUCGCCUACACGGCUAUCUCUACACGGCCAGUCGCCUCUCUCUAUCCCCGCGCCGUCCGACAAUUCGGUACCUCCGCCGCCCGCCUUGCCGAUGACCAAAACCCCAAUGCCAAUGCCAACAGCAGCGGCGCCAGCAGUGCCAGCAGUGCCAGCAGCAGCGCCAGCGCCAGCAAAACUACCGGCAGCAACAAUGCUACCGGCCGAGGAAAUAUGUGGAACACAGAAUGGCUGAAUGACCUCACGGCGACUACCAUGGCAUCAACCAGCCAAUAUCGUCCUCAGCACAACAACCGUACGGCGAUGGACUCUCCUCCGUUGGAGCACCUUACGAGUAGCAUGAACACCAAACUCCCGAAAAUGGGGCCGACCGCGGGACGCUCCAUCAUCGUUCAGGCGGACGUUGCACAGGCCUUCAUGAAGCUGCGGUCAAUAAUCUCGCAGAACAAAGUCCGCCAGGACUUCCACCGCCAGAAGUUCUACGAGCCCAAGGGUAUAAGGCGCAAGCGGUUGCGCAGCGAGCGGUACCGUGUGCGUUUUAAGGAGGGAUUCAGGAGGAUGAUCUCGGUGGUGCUGGAUAUGAAGAAGAAGGGAAUGUAGAGGUUGCGGUUAUGACGUGGGGAAGUGGAUGGGGGGAUUGGAUUUGGGUUCAGGUUCAGGAUGUACACAGACGGUGCGGUUGAUUGGCGGUAGUUGCUCCGGGUAUGUAACCAGCAGGGUGCCGCGAAAAGGACACAUGGACGCGUGUGCGUGUGGUGGGAUGAUCAUCAAUUGUACAUUAUAACGCGAGAGUAUAAAAGGAGCAAAGGGACAUUCAUAAGCAGCCGAU